CCGCCCUCGGCUCCGCCGCUGUCGCGAUGCUGUCCCGGUCACGCUGCGUGUCUCGGGCGUUCAGCCGCUCGCUGUCUGCCUUCCAGAAGGGGAACUGCCCUCUAGGGAGACGUUCCCUGCCUGGGGUCUCCUUAUGUCAGGGACCAGGUUACCCUGACAGCAGGAAGAUUGUUAUUAACAACAGUAAUGUCUUCAGUGUCCGCUUCUUCAGGACUACAGCUGUGUGCAAGGAUGAUGUGAUUACAGUCAAAACCCCAGCGUUUGCAGAAUCUGUCACAGAGGGAGAUGUUAGGUGGGAGAAAGCUGUUGGAGACACUGUUGCAGAAGAUGAAGUGGUUUGUGAGAUUGAAACUGACAAGACAUCUGUGCAGGUCCCAUCACCAGCAAAUGGCGUGAUUGAAGCGCUUUUGGUACCUGAUGGGGGAAAAGUAGAAGGAGGCACUCCUCUUUUCACGCUCAGGAAAACUGGCGCUGCUCCUGCUAAGGCCAAGCCAGCAGAAGCUGCUGCUGCUGCAGCCCCAAAAGCAGAGCCUGCAGCAUCGGCAGCUCCUCCUCCCCCUGCAGCACCCAUACCCACUCAGAUGCCACCAGUGCCCUCACCCUCACAACCUCUUGCUAGCAAACCCGUGUCUGCAGUAAAACCCACUGCUGCCCCUCCAGUAGUUGAGCCAGGGGCUGGCAAAGGCCUGCGUUCAGAACAUCGGGAGAAGAUGAAUAGGAUGCGGCAGCGCAUUGCCCAGCGUCUGAAGGAGGCCCAGAAUACAUGUGCGAUGCUGACUACUUUCAACGAGAUUGACAUGAGUAACAUCCAGGAGAUGAGGGCUCGGCACAAAGAUGCUUUUCUGAAGAAACAUAACCUCAAACUAGGUUUCAUGUCAGCAUUCGUGAAGGCCUCAGCCUUCGCCUUGCAGGAGCAGCCUGUUGUAAAUGCAGUGAUUGACGACGCAGCCAAAGAGGUGGUGUAUAGGGAUUAUAUCGACAUCAGUGUUGCGGUGGCCACCCCACGGGGUCUGGUGGUUCCCGUCAUCAGGAAUGUGGAAGCUAUGAAUUAUGCAGAUAUCGAGCGAGCCAUCAGUGAACUGGGAGAGAAGGCUCGAAAGAAUGAACUUGCUAUUGAAGAUAUGGAUGGUGGUACUUUCACCAUUAGCAAUGGAGGUGUUUUUGGCUCACUUUUUGGAACGCCCAUCAUCAACCCCCCUCAGUCGGCCAUCCUGGGCAUGCAUGCCAUCUUUGAUAGGCCAGUGGCUGUGGGAGGCAAGGUGGAGGUGCGGCCCAUGAUGUACGUGGCACUGACUUAUGAUCAUCGGCUGAUUGACGGCAGAGAGGCGGUAACUUUUCUCCGCAAAAUCAAGGCAGCGGUAGAGGAUCCCAGAGUCCUCCUACUGGACCUUUAGGAGGAAGCCACGCACCCUACACACCAACCAUGCAGGAACUGAAAACCAGUCUUCUCCCUGUCCCCUCACGGGUCCCAGGUUGGCCUGGUGCCAGGCACAUGUUGUUGGCCUCAAGCAAGGAAACAGGGCACUAUGUAACCAGCAGCCACAGGUCUUUUCUUGGUAUUCUGCCAGGCUCUCCCCUUCUCUGCACCCUUCUUACACUCAAAUAUCUACUUUAGGCUUGAGGGAGAGCGAGCCUUAAUGGAUGCUCGUUAAUAUUCCUGCCUUUCUCCCAUUAGUCUUUUGCCGAGAUGAGUUGCUUCUCCCCUGUGCCAGUACACUAUAAUAGGGAAACCACUGGGGACCAUGUGAUCAAGUUUGUAUCUUUUGAAAGUCUGUUCUGGGCCAGGAGGGUAUGGUGUCCCCCAAGCUCAGAGCAGCCUCUGUCCUGGUUGUGCACACUCACUCGAUUAUACCUGUGUGGAGGUGUCGACCACAGGCUAAGAGGUGCUGCUUUGCUUCUUAAAUGACACCUUUAUUCUCUGCUGUCAUGGACUUCAAGAUGCCUCUUCUACCUCGUCCAGAAAGCACAGGCCAGGGGAUCUGGGUAGGAGGGGGGAGAGGGCAGAUUUCCCCCUGAGCUGUAUGUUAUAGACGAGACAGGCUUACCCUCACCCUGCCCAUCAUCACCCCAUUUUGGUACAGUAACAGCUGUGAUUGUGCCGACCUUCCCCGGCUGCUUGGAACCAUUGUACCACCUUGUCAUUUAGAGUAGAUUCUAGCCCAGCACGGCAGUGGGAUGGGGCAUGGUCACAGGGCUGGAGCCUGGGGAGAUUGGGAGGAGGGGGCUUCCUGUGGACUGGCUCAGAUUGAUUUGAGCCUUUAAAGGCCACUGGUGUAAGCACUGGGCCUAAAGAGGCAGCUGUUUCUCUGUGUUUCAUGGCCCUUGGGGAGCAGGGCCUUAGCACCUUUUCUGCAGAACACAGGUCUGGAGGAGGUUGGACUGUGGUAGAAACCAGCCCCAAGAUGCUAAUACACGGUGGGAAGACAGGCAGUGUCACCUGUGAGGUGGUGUCUCCUGUUGGGUCUGGACGCAAUUAUUGGAAUUGCUUGGAGCGAGUUUAAAUACAUACAUCUUGUCGUGAAA